AUGAUUCCCUUCCUCGAGGUCUCCCACCUCGCCUCCUCCACCUCCUUCUACUCAGCUGUCGUACAGCCUCUCGGGCUCCGCUACAUCUCUGCCGGCUCUGCCUCCGUCACUUUCGGCACCGCCACCUUCCCUCCUGUCCCCGUCCUCGAGCUCCGCCAGGUCACUCCAACCCCAGCCCGGCACCUCAAGCCCUCGCGCCUGGUCCUCUCCGCUGGCUCUCCUGCCGCCGUUGACGACUUCCACGCCUUCGCCCACAGAGCCAGCGCCAGCUCCACCCCGGCCGCCCUACCGCAUUCCGGUCGCUCCCUAGGACCUGGCGACACAGCCAGCGUUGGCUCGGCAGACGAGGCUGGCGAGAGACGUGCGAAGAUCACCGAUUUCGACGGCAACAUCAUGGAGGUCGUCUACGUGCCACCCCCAGACUACCCAUCCCGCUUCGGCGGCUCGACCGUCAGGAAGACCCAAUCCACUCACGACGAGGUUACCAGGAUCCUUGACUGGAACUACGACGUUGCAUCCUCAGUCCCUCCCUCUGCUGCCGCCACUUCUGUCCGGGGAUCCAACCUGGCCCUGUCGAGACGGCCCGGCCGCUACCCGGAUGACGAGCCCUACUCCCUCCUGCGCCGGAGCGUCACUACCACGUCAAUGCUCGAGCCAACUUCUGCCCCUUCCCCCCGCCAAAAUUCCAACGGCCUGAGCACCGGUGCCGUCGUUGGGACGCUGCUUGGAGUUGCUGCCGCUGGCGCCGCCGCAGGUGCCGCCUUGACAUAUAGCAUGAUCAAGAGUGACCGCGCCCGGGCCCCGCUGCAGGAGUUUGAAGCCCCUGCCUUCCAGCGAAGGUCCACCUUCCCGGAGCCCUCUCCUGAUCGCCGCGGUCGCUUCAUGGAGGUGGAGCGGACGGUUGAGAAGGUCCGCUAUCCCGAGGACUACACGCCCGUGGCGGCGGAUCACCGCCCUGCGCCUUCUUACAUAGCUCGAUACAGCCAGGCGCCCGCUUCUCGAAGUAAAGAACGCGGCACCUCCGCCGUCUAUCCGUCGCAGCUCGACCUUUGA